AAAAAUUCCAACUACCAUACCACUCUCUCUCUCUCUCAUAAAUAUACCCCACCGUACGUACUGUUAUCCUAUUCUUCUAGAGACAAACAAAAAAAGUAAUGAGUGGAGAGCUAGAGAGAGACUACACAGUGGGCGAGCAGAUCGGGAGGGGCAGAUACGGCGUCGUUUCGAGGUGCCACGCCGCCGUCACCGGCCAGUGCUUCGCCGUGAAGUCGAUCGAGAAGCGCCUCAUCCAGGACGAUGCCGUCGACAGCCUCUGCCUCCAAAACGAGGCGAAGCUCAUGCAACUCGUCUCGGGCCACCCGAAUGUCGUCGGAGUUUUCGAUGUGUACGAGGACGAAGACUUCCUGCAUGUCGUUUUGGAGUAUUGCGGCGGCGGCGAUCUUUUUGAACGGAUCACCGCCCGACCCGUUCUCACCGAGUCGGAAGCCCGCCGAGUCCUGUUGCCACUAAUGGAGGCCAUAGCACACUGCCACCACCACGGAAUAGCCCAUCGGGACAUCAAACCCGACAACAUUCUCUUCAACAACUACGAUGAGCUGAAACUUGCAGAUUUUGGUUCAGCUGAGUGCUUUGGCAGUGGAGGGCUAAUGUCUGGCAUUGUUGGGACCCCCUACUAUGUUGCCCCAGAGGUAUUAGCAGGCAGGGACUACAACGAAACGGUUGAUGUGUGGAGUGCGGGUGUCAUCUUGUACAUAAUGCUAGCCGGGAUCCCUCCUUUCUAUGGGGAGUCGGCGCAGGAGAUUUUUGAGGCUGUGCUUAGGGCGAAUCUGAGAUUCCCAAGAAAAGUUUUCAGUUCUGUUUCACCAGAAGCUAAGGAUCUGCUGAGACGAAUGCUUUGCAAGGAUAUCUCUCGAAGGUUCUCAGCUGACCAAGUUCUAAGGCAUCCGUGGAUGAAAAAUGGUGGCGACUCCAUAGACGUGGCUCUUCUUGCUUGAGUUGGAUGUUUAUAAGACUGCUGAGAUCCUAGUAAAACUGGAUAUGAAACCGUUUUAUAGGCACCGUGUCCAUAAACUUACCUAGAUAAUAUAGUUGUAGAAUGUAGAAUGUUCUGCACACUGGUUUUGUACAGAGUUUGUGCAGAAGUCGGAGCUGUUAGCAUCAAUGGCGAGUGCCUUCCUAUCUGUGGAAGUGUUUGUAUAAGCACUUCACUUGCCCUUUUGUUUUUCGUUUCUUCUAUGAUGUUCAAGAGACAGACAACCUGUAAAUUUGCUAAUGUUGAUGGAAUGAAGUUUCUUUUUGUGUGUGUGUUUA